AUGUUCGACAUGCCCGAUCUCGCCCAGAAUCUCUUCCCGGAUAACAACACUGGCAGAGCCGGCUCCACACGAGGAGCUUUUGAUCAGAAUCCCGAGCGCCAUAGCCCAAUUGACCGAGAAAGACCAUAG